UCAGAAUUAGAAUUGGGCAACCCAAUUUAUAUCAUGAAAGAAACAAAUGUGAAGGGAUAAACUGAGAGCAACUCCAAGAACCCCACUUAUGGAGAAAGGCGUUUUUUGGAAGCAGUGACGACUUCCUCAUUUCCCUCCAAAACUGCCGCUUAACUGUGAGUCUCUCUUCUUCCCGCCAUUUCAACCCUAGACUAAGAGGAGCAAUCCGAAUCAUGAGGGAAUGCGUUCGACGCUAUUGGGAUUGGGGAUGAGCAUAAAGAGAGUGUAAAAGUUCCGUGGGUAAUUAUAUUCCACUGAGCCUUGGUAAAGGAGCGUGGGCUAUGGAUAUAAUAGAUCCACAAUCUGGCUGCUCUGGAGGUGCAGAAGCAGUGCUAGGUCUUCAACCAAACUCGUCAAUCUCUAUUGCUUAUCAUUCUCUAUUUGGCCCUCACAAUGACCUUUUGCUUCUUGAAGUUGAUGAGAAGUUCCUCCCGGAAAUCCUGCACCAAAGAGUAACUUUAAGAGGACAGCCUGAUGAAGAUGCAGUUCUUUGUACAGUAUCCAAGACCUAUGCAGUUAAAUUUGUGGGCACAUCCAAUUCGGUAUUUCUCAUACCUCCCACAGAUAAAGUCUCAAAUUUAUGUAAUAACAAAGAUGAUAACAACAUGGUGGUUGCAUCGGUUAUUAAAGUUGCACCAGGUUGCAUGGAGCUUGUUGAGGUGGCACCUAAACUAGAUAAACUUAAACUGCUUCUCUCUCAAAAUCCAUACAGUUUUAGUGAAAGCUCAGACAUGGACAUCUCAGAAGAGAGGGAGAAGACGAGGAUAGGUUUAUACAGAUGGGAUGAUCUUGUUGACAGGUUACAGGCAAGUGACAAGGAACUAAGAAUGGGUCUUCAAUCCCUUUCAGCAAUAGAAAUAGAUGGAUACUGGCGGAUUUUGGAUGACAAGUAUAUGAAUGCAAUUCUGAACAUGCUUUUGCACAAUGUAAUAUUGAAUGACUGGUCCAUUAAUGCACUCAAUGAAGAUGAAGUUGUGGGUGUGCUAGAAACAGAUGGAUUUCCUAGAAAUAUUGCAACGCAUUGCUUGCAAGUCUAUUGCUGUAAGGUGGAUGAGGGUGUUGGUCUAAGUACUACGUGGAAGUUGGACGAGAGGCGCAUAUGUGUGCACUUAGCAAGAGAAAUUCUAAAAGAGGGGAAGAUGAAAAUCGAAAUCUUUAUGGAGAAAUGGAUGCGGAGGGUUCCCGAUGGAAUGCAUGCUAGUUUUGACAUGUUAGAAGGUGAAGUUCUAAAAGAAAAGCUUGGGAUGGAUACUUGGGUGUACUCCUUUAGCGUUUCAUCUCUCCCGUCUACUCCUGCGGAGCGUUUCUCUGUAUUAUUUCAGGAGCGGGCAAAGUGGGAAUGGAAAGAUCUACAGCCAUAUGUCAGGGAUUUAAAAGUGCCAGGACUUUCUUCCGAAGGUUUACUACUCAAAUAUACUCGAAGAACUCAGCCGACUAUGGACGCAGAACCCAUUUUCAGUGCAAGAUAGUAUUACCUUGUAGGCUUGUAUUGCAAUUAUUUCUUAGUUUAUCAGAUGGAAGAUGGAGUUUAUGAUAGGAAAUCUGAUUAAAGGCAGUCUUUUAGUCAACAUAGUUUAGCAAUAACGUUUUGUCGGGUUUUAAUUGUGUUUAUGUUGAAUGACUUGCGCAGUUGCACCGACAGUAUACCAGGGAUUGAGUUGUCAUGUAUAGUUUAUAUUAUGUGAAAAAGUAAUACCUGUUAUGCUCAA